CGUGAACUAUUUCCAGACCAGAAGGGGGCGAUAUAUGCUUUGCAACGUCACCAGAGCUGCAGUGAUUGAAGGGGAACAGCCGAUGCAGUGCUUGAGCCAGUGACCGUACAGUUACAGGGCACUACAUCAUGUGCCAUCUGUGUCCUGACCUCUCAAUGAAGGCUGUCAAAUCCUAGCAUCCAGGGAGACUGACUCAACUAGCACUUCUGUGAAGUUAACCCUAUGUGGGAUCCAACCAUAUUAAUUGAAUGUCAUUUUACACAACAUGAUGGUAAGUAUCAGAAAUAGCCAGUUGAUGCACGUCACUGGUUAACACAUGGUGGGUGACUGGGCAGUGGGCAUUGAUGCCUCCAGCAGGCAGUAAUGGUGCCAAGCCUGGCUGCCUGUGCCAGCGAGACGCGACACCAAACUGCGUCACAUUUGCUAUAGAAAACCUCUGAGUUCACAUAUGUGGGUGGUCGCACCCACCACUGCCGAUGCCAAUGCAGGAAGACAACCAAGCCAAUGGAGGAAGACAACCAAGCCAAUGGAGGAAGACAACCAAGCCAAUGGAGGAAGACAACCAAGCCAAUGGAGGAAGACAACCAAGCCAAUGGAGGAAGACAACCAAGCCAAUGGAGGAAGACAACCAAGCCAAUGGAGGAAGACAACCAAGCCAAUGGAGGAAGACAACCAAGCCAAUGGAGGAAGACAACCAAGCCAAUGCAGGAAGACAACCAAGCCAAUGCAGGAAGACAACCAAGCCAAUGGAGGAAGACAACCAAGCCAAUGGAGGAAGACAACCAAGCCAAUGGAGGAAGACAACCAAGCCAAUGGAGGAAGACAACCAAGCCAAUGGAGGAAGACAACCAAGCCAAUGGAGGAAGACAACCAAGCCAAUGGAGGAAGACAACCAAGCCAAUGGAGGAAGACAACCAAGCCAAUGGAGGAAGACAACCAAGCCAAUGGAGGAAGACAACCAAGCCAAUGCAGGAAGACAACCAAGCCAAUGGAGGAAGACAACCAAGCCAAUGCAGGAAGACAACCAAGCCAAUGGAGGAAGACAACCAAGCCAAUGGAGGAAGACAACGAAGACAACCAAGCCAAUGGAGGAAGACAACCAAGCCAAUGGAGGAAGACAACCAAGCCAAUGGAGGAAGACAACCAAGCCAAUGGAGGAAGACAACCAAGCCAAUGGAGGAAGACAACCAAGCCAAUGGAGGAAGACAACCAAGCCAAUGGAGGAAGACAACCAAGCCAAUGCAGGAAGACAACCAAGCCAAUGGAGGAAGACAGUUUGGGGACACUCAGACUAAGUGGUGCAGUGUGGAAGUUGAUAGGAGUGGUAUUGUGGGUGACUCUGCCUAUAGAGCGCCCAUCCAGCCCUCUAAUGUUCAUGGGAAUGGAGAGGGGCUGAGUGGCGAUGCCCAGAUCUGA